ACACAAAGCAAGUUCAUUUGCUUCCCCAUUCCCAUGUGUCGGAUCGAGCUUGUCUUCCACGUUAAGGGCUUGAGAGAAUUAGUACUCACUUGGUUUCUCCCACAAAUUUUAGUCCAAGAUCUUGAAACAUAUAUCUAGAAGCGUGAGGCUCUGUAGGAUUUAUACCAAUCGGCCCAUAUUUUACCAAGUAUUAUCAAGAAUUCUUUUUUUAUUAUCUUUUGAAGAGAAAAUAGAGAGAGGCAAUCAAGGGCAUUGAGAUGGCAAGAAUAAUGAGGAGUUGCCUGCAAUCACUGAUGAAAUGGGUGAACUAUGUGGUGGGGAUGGUUGGGGUGGCCAUGAUCUUAUAUGGCUUUUGGAUGGUCAGAGUUUGGCAGAGAGACAUGGAUGAAGGCUCUUCCUUUUACUCUACUGCUCCUUGGUUCAUUUAUGCUUUUCUGGGGAUGGGAGUGAUCUUGUGCCUUAUCACAUGGAUUGGACGUGCUGCAGCUGACAGUGCAAAUGGCUGUUGCCUUUCUUGUUACAUGUUCAUCAUGUGUUUGCUCAUCCUGAUUGAAAUCAUGGUGACUGCAGAUGUACUCCUGAAUUCUGACUGGGAAAAGGACUUACCUGAAGAUCCAACCGGAAGAUUUUCCGACUUUGAGGAUUUUGUGAAGUCAAACUUCGAUGUCUUCAAGUGGAUAGGAUUGCUAAUAAUCCUAGCACAGGGAUUGUCGAUCCUGUUGACCGUGGUGCUUAGAACAGCCAGGUCACGCCAGGGACCUGACUACGACGAUGACGACGAGUACCCUCCAACGAAGCUUCCACUUCUGGGUCAUCUACCUCCGCUGCCUCCGUACGCUGUUGUGCCGCCGACAUUUGCCCCCGUUAAAUAGCUCUAAAAGCUUUGAACAGAUGAAUGAUGGACACAUUUCAAGCUCCCUCUCUUUAUUCAUAUGCAAUAUGUGCUGUGUGUGCUGUCCUUUCUGCUAGAAGCAUGAGACAUUUUUGUGGGUUAAAUGUAUGCUGUGUCGUGUCACGUAUGUUUGAUGUUUUGUAAAAUAUUGCAGAAUACAAUCCUUCUAUUCACUAC